UGUCCGAGGGUCCAGGUCCCGGCAGCGCCGGAGCAGACAGUCACAGGACCUGAGGAUGACAGUUGUUCCAGGAGCUGGAACCCCUGGGAGGGGGCAGGUCCUGGAGUUAGGAGGUAAGAGACAGAUGGCAGCUGCACACAAGCAUCAGGAUGGACAAGCCCGGCGGUACAGGUCCACCAAAGGGGCAUCAAAGGCUCGCCGGGACCUGAUGAGGGUGGAGCUGCGGACCCUGCAGAACCUAUUGCCCCUGUCCCAGGAUGAGAAGGAACGGCUCUCCUACCUCAACACCAUGGCCAUGGUCAAUGUCUGUGUCCGCCGUGCACAACACCGCCUAGGUGUGGACAGCCCCACUCUCCAGCCUCUCCCCCUGAACGUGGACUUCCUGCCAGCUCUGAAUGGGUUCCUAAUCACUCUGACAUCCUGUGGAAAACUGGUUCACCUCUCCCAGAAUGUCACUAACUACCUGGGGCUCUCUGUGGUGGAGCUGAUAACUCAGGGAGACAGCAUUGAUCACCUUGUUCACGCCGCUGACCGAUGGCUUGUCCACCAGGCAUUGCAACAAGCAGCACCAUCCUCAGGCUGCUCCUUCAUCUGCCGGAUGCCCUGCUCCCGAUCGCUGGGCCUGCCUGAAGCCCACCGCUGGGUCCACUUCUCAGGACGCUACCUCCAGUCCCAGAACACCACCUCAACCGGCCCCAAUGGGAAGCUCUUCGUCAGUGUCUGCAGCCCUGUGGAUUGGCAGCCCAGGGACCAUCCCCAGGAUGGCUGCCAGCGCACCUUCUACAGUCGCCACUACCCUGACAUGUCCUUCAUCAGCAUCUGUGAAAGUGUGGUGUAUCACCUCGGGUAUCAACCACUUGAACUCACUGGCAGGUCCUGGUACAGUCUGAUCCACCCAGGAGACUUGCAGCUGAGCAGCAGACAGCACAAGCAGCUACUGUCGACUGUGGGUCGGCGAAGUGUGGAUUUUGUGUACCGCUUGCAACAUCGGGACUUUGGAUGGGCCUGGCUCUUCACCAGGGCAGAGAUGUUCUCCACUACCAGCAGCAUUGAGUGCUCACACCUCGUAAUCAGUGAGUGUGAAGCCCUUCACCUGCGACAGGCAUUGUUCCCCUCUGACCCCUCUCUUCUAUUAACUGAUACUCCCCAGGUCGCUGGUCUGGAGGUCUUGAGGGCCAGGGACCAGUCACUUCACUGCCCCUCACCCCCAGUCAGUUCCUCAUCCCCCCUUGGUGGGUCUCCCAAAGGUAGGUUGGCCUACAUCCAUAGUCCUGAAGCCAACAUCUCCUGGAGCAGGGAGGAGUUUCACACUGUUCCGGGGUCCCCAUCCACACCCGUUGGGUGUGCUGUGGUAGGACUGGUCCCACCCUACACCGAGCAGGAGAGGUCCCACAUCUGUGUUCUGGCCCAGCAUAUCCGCCGCCUGGCCGAGGGCUUCAGUGCAGGUCAGGAGAUCCAAGGUCAAGCCUGGGGUCAGGAGGUACAAGGUCAGGUCUGGCAUCAGGAGGUCCAAAGUCUAGAAGUCCAAGGUCAAGACAUCCAGAGUCAGGAGGUCUGGGGGCCGGAGGUCCAAGGUCAGGCUUGGGGUAAAGAGAUCCAAGGUGAAGAGGCUGAGGGUGAGGAAGGUGGUUGUGGGGAGGGGUGGGGAGUGGGUGUGUCAAAGUGGCAUACAGAGCUUGGACCAGAACAGUGUGAGCAGCGAGGUGCACCCACUCUGCCCCUGUGGUCCAAACCCUGCCCGCAGAAGGAUGCUGGAAAGACGAGUCAUUCCAUCUCCACUAGCCCUGCUCCCUCGCCUUGUGCCCUGGAGAUAGGGGUAGUGGGGCCCUUUACCUCUCACCAGGCUUGGGGCUGGUGCAACACUGAACCUAGGGAGCUGGCAGAGCUCAUCCUGUCUGGGCUGUCCGAGCUCAGAACCACAACGCAGUCCUGCAGGGACCCAGGACCAGAGGAGGGUCACCAGCCUGACAUCUAUCGUCGCGACAGUUCCGUCCAAGAUUGGGCCCUGGAGUUGUCCAUGUUUUAAACCAAGUCUGUGACUUCCUCCAGUAUGGCACAUUGCCAUGUGUGUGAAACUGCUGGACAGAUUCACCUGAACAACCUUGUCUCUCCGAAACAGAGAACACUGUAUCAAUGGUUCCAGUGCUCAGCACAGCACCGUCUCGUGUGUGUGUACGUACGUGUCUGUGCAUGCGUGCUGAGAUUACAGGAGUGUCAGUGACAGCUGAGAGGGCUGGUGUAGUGGGUAGUGUGCUGUAGUAGCUCCUAACCAAAAAUACACCAAUAAGUUCUGUAUCAGCCUGUAAUGAACACCUUGUGGUAGAAUACCAUGUAGUGCAAAAACCAAUAAUUACUAAGUGAUGAAAUACCAGGUUUUACUUCAGAAUCUUCAGUGAUUCUAACAGACGAUAAGUUGUAACUAAUAAUUAGUGACAAAACAGCAGACACAUUAGUAAUCAGUAAUACAGCAAUUUAAAGGUAAUAUAGUAGUUAUUAAAAGAAUAACAUGGCAGCAACAAAUAGGUUAUUAGUGACAGUUAACCAGUGUGUGACUAAUAAUCACCAGUUAAGGAGGAGGUACUUUGAUGGCAGAUCAGUAGUUAGUCAGCAGUGUGACAGGGAGGGUGUCACUGAGUCAUACCUUAGCAAUAGAGGUGUAGUCUGUACCUGUCUGGUCUGAGUUAUGAUGGACUGUGAGCUGCCCGACACUCUCUGUGGUCGGUCACCUGGCGGAAGGGCUUUGCUGUCCCUGUCUGCGCUAGUCCAGAAUGGAGUGAUAGUGGUCCCUGAAUCUACAGAGUGGCUGAACAGGGACCACUGAAGUGACGGGCUGCUCUCCUGUCCACAUCUGAUGUCUCACUGCCAGAGGCUUGCCUGUUUGAGCUGUGGGUGUUGCAAUCUCUCCGCACCAGGUUGGAGUGGGAAUCCAAUUAUUGUUGUCACAAGUCCCAAGAUACAGUGACAAACCUUGUUUACAUGCCAUUGAGGCAGAUCAUUCCAAACACAAGUACACUGAGCUAGUCAAAAGGAAAAAGAGAAGGCAGAAUGUAGUGUCACAGUAACCAUCAGCACUGGUAAACAAAUCAGUUGCAAAGGCCACAAUGAGGUGGAUGAGCAGAUCAGGAGUUCACCUUUUAUCUCAGAGGGCCAUUCAACAGUCUCAUUACUAUGAGACAGAAGUUGCUCUUGAUCCUGGGUGGUUUGCCUUCUCAAGCUUUUGUAUCUUCUGGGAGGGGGAAAGAAGAGAUAAUGACUGGGGGAGAGGGGCCCUAGAUUGCACUGGCUGCUUUUCCAUGGCAAUCAGAAGAGUAGACAGUUACUGCAGCUCCUGUCACUCUGCUCGCUCUAUAAAAAAAUUACACCGCUCUACUGAAUGGGAAGGAGAUGAAUAAAGAUAUAUCUGUACCAAAGAAAGCUGUGUGGCUGGCGUCAGUCUCUUACUAUGGGUUACACAGGUACCACAAAGAGGUGUGUCAGUCCCCCCAACAACACCCUUUCUCCCCAGAGAAGGCUUUUGUCACGUUAGCCUACAUAUAUCAAUGCAUUGAGUACUGGAGUUGGAAUGUUACGUUGAAAUUGUAUGAGACAUGGGUGAGGCCUAACUUGGAAUAUUAUGUGCAGUUUUUGGUCACCUAUCUACAGGAAAGAUAUAAAUAAGAUUGAAAGAGUGCAGAGAAAAUUUACAAGGAUGUUGCUGGAUCUGGAGGACCUGAGUUGGGACAUAGAAGAUUGAGGGGAGAUUUGAUUGUGAUAUACAAAAUUAUGAGGGGUAUAGAUAGGGUAAAUGCAAACAGGCUUCUUCCACUGAGGUUGGGUGAGAGCACAACUAAAGGUCGUGUUUUAAGGGCAAAAGGUGAAAUAUUUAAAGGGAACAUCUUCACUCAGAGGAUGGUGAGAGUGCAGAAUGAGCUGCCGGCGUAAGUGGUCGAUUUCAGCAUUGAAGAGAAGUUUGGAUAGGUACAUGGAUGCAUGGAUGGGAGGGAUAUGGAGGGCUCUGAUCUGGGGGCAGGUCAAUGGGACUAGGGAGAUUAAUGGUUGGGAAUAGAUUAGAUGGGCCAAAGGGCCCAUUUCUGUGCUGUGGUGUUUACAAUGUUGUCCCAGUUCUGAUGUUACAUCUCAUCAGGCAAAACAUCGUGAGGUGUUCUAGGGGAUUAUUAUCAAACACAGUUUACACCCAGGCAUUCUGCAACAUUUUAGGUCAGGAUACCAAAGUGAUUCAUUUCUUGCUGUGACAUGGUGACAGUGAAAAUAUUUGGUUUGCAUGGCAUCCAAGCAGAUCAUUCCAUACACAAGUACAUCAAUAUGAUUAAAUAACUGGGGAUAAAAAAAAACAGAAUGCAGGAUAUUUUAGAACACUACAGCACAACAUCAGGUCUUUUGACUCGCAGUGUUAUGCCAAUCUAAUUAAAAUAGUAAUAAAUGCCUGACGAAACUAAUCUCUUCUGCUUACAAAAUGCUCAUUCUCUGCACAUUGGUGAACCUAUUUAAAAGCCUCUUUAACAUCAGUGUUUUAUCUGCCUCCACCACCACUCCUGGCAACUUCUGUCAGGUUACCCUUAGCUUCUGCCACUCCAGAGAAAACAGCCCAAGCUUGUCCAACAUCUCUUUAUAGCACAUAACCUCUAAUCCAGCAGUACGCUAGUACGUCUCUUCUGCACCCUCUCCAAAGUCCCCACGUCCUUACUGUUAUGAAUGCACCACAGCUCUGAGGGGCCGAAGGGGCGGGGGAGCCCCCUCCUUUGUGAGAAUCGCAAGAGCAUUAUUGGGUUGGCUCAGAGGACCCAAGAAAUGAGAGAGACCUGGCCAUUGUCUCCUGGAGACCACGUUUAUGGAUUGGGGACUAUGCUACGUGCAAGCCCUCGGGCAAAGUGGGCUGGUUGAAAGAGGGAUGGCAUCAUCCCAACCUGAUUGACAUCUGAGACCCCGUGAGGAAGUAUAAAAGAGGGUCUGGGGCAGGGGUCAGCAACCUUUACCACUGAAAGAGCCACUUGGACCCAUUUCCCACAGAAAAGAAAACACUGCGAGCCGCAAAACCCGUUUGACAUUUAAAAUGAAAUAACACUGCAUACAACGUUUUGUUUUGCCUUUAUGCUAUGUAUAAACAAACUAUAAUGUGUUGCAUUUAUGAAAUUGAUGAACUCCUGCAGAGAAAACGAAAUUACAUUUCUGCAUGCAACAAAAACAUUUUGAACUCCGAAAAAAAGACGUUGGGUUGAAGGUUACUUUUAAGUAAAAUACUCAACGUCUAUUUGAGUCCUUCUUGUAUUUAUGAAAAACGGCAAACUUAAAUUUGCCGCCAGCAGCAAAACAAAAAUAACGUCAGCCAGCUGUCAACCUGAAAAAUAAAAAGACUAUUUCACUGAACAAUGAAAACAUAUGAAUAUACGUAAAAUAAUAGGCAAUUAAAAUAUUUAUCAUACUUGGUCAGGUUGACUCACACCUGACAAUGCAGUCGUAUUCAGUAGAGAUGGAUCGAUGCUUAGGGGAGUGACCGGGAAGGAUAAUGUGUUUUUUUCCUCUCUGAACUCACAGAAGCGUUUCCCAAACAAUGUUUGCAUUGCGAUGAUUGCAGAAUGUAAAUACUCUGAAUUUAUC